GUUAAAAAAAGAAGUUUAAGUAUUGCAACUCCAUUUGAUCGUGUAAAAAAAUCUCGAAAAGGGUAUCAAUUGUGUGGACACCCUAGGGGUUAGUCUUCCGACAAUUGCCUAUAUAACAUGUUUACAUUUCCCUGCUUCCGAGAUAAAAAGUGGAUGAAAGAAAAUGGCAGUAAUAUGAAGUACCCGGACGCAUUUCUCAAUGUGAAUUUCCGCCCACAGUUUUUACGAAAUUACGAGCACACGGUCAACUUCGAGGAAAGGGCGGACCAGGUCAUUCGCCAGAUUAAGUCCGCGCUAUUUCGGCAGGCCAUUUAUAAGAUACAAAACGUCGAAGUGGUGGCCAUGCACGAGUGCAAGGAGGACAGGGUCCUGGAAAGCAUAACGAAGGUUAAGGGUUACGAAAAGAUAAAGUUGCAAAGCAGCAAAGUUCUUAGCGACGAAUUGUGGACCAUAAAAAGAUGCGAUAGGAAAAUGUCCUACUGGGUGCGCUACUAUGAACAAGACCAAAAUGGCUACUCCCUGUCAAUAAUGCCAACCCAGGUGAGAAACAUUUUGGGCUUUCUCAAGUACUAUUAUUUUUAGGCCAGCUGUGAACUCAGGGGUGCCACUUACAGAGAGGUAGCUCGCCGGGGUUGUCCCAUUUGAACAAAAAUGGAAGGGGGCCUUUGGGUCACGCAAUUUGCGAACGCUUGGUAUCUUCGCCCGGCCAUGUCCCCCC